AUGGGAAUUGUUCAAGAAGAGUUCGAGAGGAAGUACUUUACUCCUGAAGCAAAGCAUCAGUUAGAGCGUAAGUUUAUGAACCUUGUUCAAGGAGAUAGACCAGUGAGGGACUAUGAUUCUGAGUUCACAAGGUUGAGGCGACAUGUUUUUGAUGGGCGUGAAGACGAAGGAACUAUGAUCCGUAAUUUUAUGUACGGAUUGAAGCCGGAGCUAGGAAGUCGGUUAGCUGGAAGCAACUUUAGCAAUUUAUCUGAUCUGGUGGAGAAGGCUGUUAAUGUGGAGACUGUAUUGGAGGCAGAAAGGAAAGUUACACACAAUUCUGGUGGGCAGACCAAGUUCAACCAAGGAGAAAGGUCAAAUUACAACAAGGGUCCAAGAUUUAACAAAGGCAAAGGGAGAGGAUUUGGAGGCCAAGGAAUUUAUCGAAGUAACUCUAGGGUCUGUUACAUAUGUGGUCAGCCGGGACACAUUUCAAGGUUUUGUCCAAAAAACCAGGGGAACAACCAGCGGAGUAACCAGCAAGGUUUCUCAUCAGUAAGGAUUGAAAACGUCACUUGUUUCUCCUACGGUGGGAAGGGCCAUUAUUCAUCGUCAUAUCCAAACAAGCCAAUCCCUGCGACGCCUCUUGCUAUUCGAGCUCCUCCUAACCGUCCAGCAAUUGAGCCAGCACCAAAGAAGCAAAACCUAGGAGGUAGAGUUUAUGCCCUAGGUGUAGAAAACCCUGACAAUGCAGGACUGUCAAGCGGUCCCAUCACAGGAACCGUACAUGUUGCUGGUAAACCCACACAAGUAUUGUUCGAUUCGGGGGCAACACAUAGUUUUGUGACCCCUGAGGUUGCUGCCCAGUUCUGGAAUUGCUUUUUGAUUUACAUGGUAAACGUGGCAGUCUUGACCCCCGCAGACCGAACCCUUCAAGCAAGUCAGUGUAUCAAGAAUGUUCCAUUGGUCAUUCAAGGGAAAACGUUUGUGGCAGAUUUAUUAGUCGUGCCCUUGGAAGGAGGAAAACGUCCAGAGAUGGUUUAUUAUGGAGUCAGACCUAGUAUGACAGUGUCACUGGUCGCGGCAAUGAGACUACAAGAUUUUUUUCAAGACGGGGAAGUGUAUUUGGAAUUACCUCCACCUCGGAGUAAUCCCUUUACUAUUACUUUGGAGCCUGAAGCAAAACCUAUCGCUAAGGCACCGUAUCGGAUGGCACAUGCGGAGUUGGCUGAACUCAAGAAACAAUUGGAAGAUCUACUGGGAAAGGAAUUCAUCCGAUCGAGUUCUUUACCUUGGGGAGCUCCUGUGUUAUUUGUGAAGAAGAAAGAUGGAAGCAUGAGGUUGUGUAUAGAUUAUCGCGGUAUCAACAACAUCACCGUAAAAGACAAGUAUCCUCUUCCGAGGAUAGAUGGUUUUCGAAGAUUGAUUUGGCAUCAGGGGAUCAUCAAAUUCCCAUUGCCAAGUCAGACAUCAUGA